UCCGUCCGACCGUGCCUCGCAAUCCCGUGAAUAGGUUCGGGGCUUUUGCCGAGCGUUUUAGGUUCCUACUGGAGACAAUUCUGCGAAAUAAGGAGCCGAUCGACGGCGACAUGCCAAAGAUGUUUUCGGCGGUGUUCGAUUCCCGCAUAGUGCAUCUGAUACUCUUUGGCCUCUUUUUCAUUGCUGUUUCCUUCUACGCCGGAAGCCUCUUUGGCUCAAGCGGCAUUGCUGUCGUUGGCUCCGGCGACUCCGUUCCCUCUGUCCCGUCUAAAGGUGAUUUACAGUACACGAAUAAAGUUGCUCUUACAUACAGGACAAAAUCUGUUACAAUACCAGAAAGUGGAAUGGUUGUUUGCCCAUUGAAAUUUAAUGAAUAUAUUCCUUGUCAUGAUGCAACUUAUUUAACAAAGCUGCUCCCAAAAUUAGAUGCUUCUCGAGAAGAGCAGCUUGAGAGUCAUUGUCCUCAAUUAGAGGAACGCUUGUUUUGCCUGGUUCCACCACCUGUUGACUAUAAAAUACCAAUAAAAUGGCCACUUAGUAGAGAUUACGUGUGGCGCGGUAAUGUGAAUCAUUCACACCUUGCUGAGGUGAAAGGAGGACAAAAUUGGGUUCAUGAGAAAGGUAUGCUGUGGUGGUUCCCUGGUGGGGGUACACAUUUUAAGCAUGGAGCUGCUGAGUAUAUUGAGAGGCUUGGAAAAAUGAUAACUAAUGAAACCGGUGAUUUACGUUCAGCUGGAGUUGUUCAGGUUUUGGAUAUUGGCUGCGGUGUUGCCAGUUUUUCAGCUUAUUUACAACCUUUAGAUAUUCAAACAAUGUCUUUCGCUCCUAAAGAUGGCCAUGAAAAUCAGAUCCAAUUUGCUCUGGAGCGUGGAAUUUGUGCAAUGAUAUCUGUUUUGGCUACAAAACAGUUGCCCUUUCCUCCGAGAUCUUUUGAAAUGGUUCAUUGCUCACGAUGCCGUGUUGAUUGGCAUGCAAAUGAUGGAAUACUGCUUAAAGAAGUUGACCGUCUUCUGCGACCACAUGGAUAUUUUGUGUACUCAGCUCCACCUGUGUAUAGAAAAGAUAAAGACUAUCCAGUCAUUUGGCAAAAGUUGUUUAAUCUGACUACAUCUAUGUGUUGGAAGCUCAUUGCUCAGCAGGUCCAGACAGCCAUAUGGUUGAAAGGGGAUAAUGAUUCAUGUCUAUCAGAGAAUGCAGAAAAGAAUCUACUAUUGAUAUGCGAACCGGUUGAGGAUACAAUACCACAGUGGCAAAGCCCUUUAAGAAACUGCAUGAGUUUAAGCAACGAUAAGUAUAAUUUUCAGAAGUUACCUCUCAGACCUGAUCGCUUUGUGAUUUAUCCAAAAGUUCUUGAAAAGUUAGAGGUCUCUCCUGAGAUGUAUGAACUUAACACAAAAUUUUGGAAAGAGCAAGUCAAUCAGUAUUGGAGAUUAAUUGAUAUUAACAAGGUGGAUAUCAGGAAUGUUAUGGACAUGAAUGCUUAUUAUGGUGGAUUUUCUGUGGCACUAAGCAACCUACCUGUCUGGGUAAUGAAUAUAGUACCAGCAACCAUGAAUAAUACGCUGUCAGCUAUAUAUGAUCGUGGAUUAGUUGGUGCUUUUCAUGACUGGUGUAACCCAUUUUCUACUUACCCCCGGACAUAUGAUCUCUUGCAUGCUUACCAGCUGUUGUCCCACUACCAAUCUGGCGAGAGACGUUGCUCGGUUGAAGAUAUCCUUUUGGAGAUGGAUCGCAUCAUUCGUCCUCAGGGCUAUAUCAUUAUUAGAGAUGAAGAUUCCCAUGUGUUGAGAAUGGUAACAGGCAUUGCCCCAAAGUUCCUGUGGGAUGUCGAUUUGUAUAUGCUAGAAAAUGAGGAAAAGAAAAAUGAGCCAGUCUUAAUAUGCAGGAAAAAGUUCUGGACUAUUGUUUGAGAUAGUGGCAUUGAAAACGUUCAUCCCAAGUGAGCAAAUUAUAUUUGGCUUGUUAGAAGGCUGAUGGUUGAUAUGGUUAUCAAGCAAGCUGGAGACGAGCAGCACAAGCAGGUUUGGAUCUUAAUUUUUAAAUGAGU